AUGGCGGAAGGCGCAACGGCCCAGGAGAGGUUCGCCCUCAUCCAGGAGAACCUGGCUGAGGUCAUGAACCCCGAGAUCAUUGAGAAGAUUCUGGCCGAGGGACGCAACCCCAAGAUCUACUGGGGUACUGCGACAACCGGCAGACCGCACUGCGGUUACUUCGUCCCGGCCAUCAAGCUGGCGCAAUUCCUCGCUGCCGGCUGCGAGAUGACGGUCCUCCUCGCCGAUAUCCACGGCUUCCUCGACAACCUCAAGGCCCCGAUUGAGCUCGUCGAGCAGCGCGCCAAGUUCUACAAGUUCGCCAUCACGAACAUCCUUCAGGCCGUUGGCGUCUCCACCGAGAAGCUCAACUUUGUUCUGGGCAGCUCCUACCAGAAGAGCCCCGAGUACAUUAUGGAUAUCUACAAGAUGAGCUCGCUCAUCAGCGAAAGAGAUGCGAAGAAGGCUGGUGCGGAGGUUGUCAAGCAGUCAGACAACGCCCCCAUGAGUGGUCUGCUCUACCCUGUCCUCCAGGUCUGCGACGAGCAGCACCUGGGCGUUGAUGCGCAAUUUGGAGGCAUGGAUCAGAGGAAGCUGUUCGCGGCGGCAACGGAAUGGCUGCCCAAGAUUGGUUACAAGGUCCGCGCGCAUUUGCUGAACCCCAUGGUUCCGGGUCUCAACGGCGGCAAGAUGAGCGCAAGCGACCCUGACAGCAAGAUCGACCUUCUCGAUGCCCCUGAAGUCGUCCAGAAGAAGCUCCGCAAGGCCGAGUGUGUGCCCAAGGUCGCCGAGGGCAACGGUGUUUUGUCUUUUGUCGAGUACGUGCUGCUCCCCGCAGCCGCCCUGAAGGGCAAGAAGGAGUUCACCGUCGAGCGUGAGCGUGACGGCCUCGAGCCUCUGGUUUACACCGACAUUGCUGCCAUGCACGAGGACUACAAGAACGAUGUGUUGACGCCCCAGCUGCUGAAGCCGGCCGUCACAAAGGCUCUCAACGCGCUCUUGGCACCCAUCCAAGCUUCCUUCCAGGCCUCCCAGGAGUGGCAGGAAGUCACAGUCAAGGCCUACCCGCCGGUUGAGGAUGAAAAGAAGAAGAAGAAGAAGCAGCCCAAGGACAAGGGCUCUCGCUACCCCGGCGGAGCCAAGAAGGAGGAUGGCGCGGCCAAGGAGACGGAAUUGCCUGUGCGCCCAGCUGAGGAGAGCAAAUAA